AUGGCUGCAUCAAGCAAUUUUCCAGUCCCAUCACCCAUGGAUAUGAAGGGGGAUUUGAGGGGAAAUUGGAAGUUUUUUCAGUCGCAAUGGGAAAACUAUGAAAUUGCGUUAGAGCUAGAUAAGAAGCCAGACAAAGUGAGAGUAGCAACUUUAGUAUCACUCAUAGGGAAAGAAUGCUAUAAGCUCUACACUACACUAGAAGAGAGUCAGAAAACGACAACCACACAAAUCCUUGAUGCUAUGAAGAAGCAUUUUGAUCCUACGACUAAUGUCAUAUUUGAACGGUACCAGUUCAAUACUAGAAAUCAAGGUGAGAGGGAGACAAUCGAUCAGUAUGUGACAGCACUGAGAAGUUUGGCAGAAACCUGCGAGUUCGACACGCUAAGAGAUGAUUUGAUCAGAGACCGCAUCGUCCUAGGAACCAAUGAUCCAGACGUAAGGGCGAGGUUGCUGCGUGGGGAAAAUCUAACGCUACAAAAGGUGAUAGAUGUGUGCCGUAGUGCAGAAGUGACUAAACAACAACUCAAAAGCAUCGAAAGUGCCAGCACUCAUACUGAAUCAGUGCAAGCAGUGUACAAAAAGCAUGUGAAGCCAAGAAAGGCGAAUUCCGGUCAUGAGAAGAGCCACAGCAAAGGACAGCAGAAGACACAAAUGAUACGAAAUUGCAAGUACUGUGGUGGAGAACACAGGAGAGAGAAGACCGCUUGCCCAGCAUGGGGAAAGCAGUGCGGCAAUUGCAAGAAAAACAAUCAUUUUUCAAAAAAAUGUUUGGCAAAAGGACCGAAGCCAGUGAGGUCUCUUGAUGAUGAGGAUGAUGACCUGUCAGAUGAAUCCAUCUACACCAUAGAGAGGAUAAGCAGUGUUGGAUCCAAUGGUAAACGAUGGAGAGCAAAUGUCAUAUAUCGAGCUAAUGGAUCUGACAAAAAAGAGAUGAACAGUCAGAUUGACACAGGUGCUACAGUCAAUGUGCUGAGCUACACUGACUUAUGUGAUGUCCUACAAGAUGGAAACCCAAGGCUGGAGCACAGCAAGGUCAGACUGAAGCCAUUCAAAGGAAAACUAAUCAAACCAAAAGGACAGACAGCACUAGAAGUCCAGGUCAAUAAUGGUCCAGUACACCUGCUUCAAUUUCAGAUAGUUGAUGGAUCAAGUCAAGUUCCAAUCCUAUCAGGUGACUCUAGCGAGGACUUAGGGUUAGUCACAAGAAACAACCCGGAGCGGAUAGAGAUCCUUAGUCAAGCAACAGAACAGCCUCUGACGAAGGAGCAGAUAAUGAAGGAAUACAAGGAUGUAUUCACAGGGCUGGGAUGUCUGCCUGGAGAAUAUCACCUUGAGACUGACAAGACAGUGAAACCGGUACAACACAUGCCACGGAGGGUACCAGCAGCACUCAAACCAAGCCUGAAAGACAAGAUAAGUGAGCUUGAGGAGAAGGGAGUCAUAAAGAAGGUGACAACUCCCACUGAGUGGAUCAGCAGCAUGGUAGCAGUGAAGAAACCAGGGAAACUGAGGAUUUGCAUAGACCCAAAGGAUCUAAACAAAGCCCUGAAAAGAUCACAUUAUCCAAUGCCUACCAUAGAAGAGAUCCUGCCCCAAUUGUCACAAGCCAAGGUGUUCACGAUCCUCGAUGCCAAAGAUGGAUAUUGGCAAGUGAAGUUGGAUAAAGAGAGUAGUUUUCUGACCACAUUCUGGACGCCAUUUGGUCGCUACCGAUGGCUGAGGAUGCCAUUUGGCAUUGCUACUGCUCCCGAAGAAUACCAGAGAAGACAACAUGAAGUAGUCCAAGGGUUACCAGGAGUAGAGGCAAUAGUUGAUGAUCUCCUAGUCUAUGGAAGUGGAGAAACCAUGGAGGAAGCGAUUGUCAAUCACGACCAGAACUUGAGGAGACUUCUAGAGAGAGCAAGACAAGUUGGGCUCAAGUUCAAUAAAACCAAGAUCCAACUGAAACAGACCGAAGUCAGGUACAUUGGUCAUGUACUUACUGACAAAGGACUCUGCCCAGACCCAGAGAAGAUCAGAGCGGUUGCGGAACUGGAAAGGCCACGAGAUGUAAAGACGGUUCAACGUUUUGUAGGCUUCGUCAAUUACCUUGCCAAGUUCCUGCCACAUCUGUCAGAAGAGUGCGAACCACUGCGGCAACUUACACUUAAAGAAGUAAAGUGGUUCUGGGGUCCGGCACAGGAAAGAGCUUACAGCAGAGUAAAGAAGUUGGUGACAACAGCUCCAGUACUCCGGUACUACGACGUGAACGAAGAAGUUACAAUCCAAUGUGACGCCAGUGACACGGGCCUAGGAGCAACCCUCAUGCAGAAGUCACAACCAGUUGCGUUUGCAUCUAGGGCUCUGACGGAGACAGAACGAAGAUAUGCUCAAAUAGAGAAAGAAUGUCUAGCGAUAGUAUUCGCAUGCGAACACUUUCAUCAGUACCUAUUUGGGAAGGAGACAGUAACUGUAGAAUCAGACCACAAACCUCUACAGUCUAUCUUCCUGAAGCCAUUGCUGUCAGCCCCAAAGCGUCUGCAGCGGAUGCUGCUAAGAUUGCAAAAGUACAACCUCCAGGUCACAUACAAACAAGGGAAGCUUAUGUAUGUGGCUGACAUGUUGUCAAGAGCAGCACUACCGCUGAAAACCCAAGGAGAAGGAGGAUACUACGAAAUCUACACAGUCAGCCAACAAAGACAAAGAGAAUUCGAAGAAAUCAAUCCAAGAGAGUCGGUGAACUUCACAGACAAACGGUUCAAGCAAGUAGAAGAAAUGACCCAGAAGGAUGAGAUCCUACAGGUGCUCAAACAAGUCGUGAUCGAAGGUUGGCCAGAUACAGUAAACACUGUACCAGUAGAAAUACGCGAGUAUUGGGCUUAUCGAGAUGAGAUAACUUCGCACAAUGGUAUUCUCUACAAGGCCAACAGAGUCAUCAUACCGAAGCGGCUCAGAGGCGAACUACUGCAAAGGGUGCAUGCCAGCCAUCAAGGCAUGGAAUCUAGCCUGCGAAAAGCAAGAGAGACAAUCUUUUGGCCCAAAAUGAACCAUGAGAUACGGGAUGUAGUUCGACAAUGCAGUGUUUGCAACGAACAUCAGGCACAGCAGGCGAAACAGCCACUACUUCCUCGCGAAGUUCCAGACCGACCUUGGAAGACACUUGGCACAGACCUCUUCACACUGAAUGGGAAAGAUUAUCUCAUUACGGUAGAUUACUACUCAGACUUUUGGGAAGUAGAUGAGCUCCAGUCGACCACAAGUGCAGAUGUGAUUACAUGCCUGAAAUCACAGUUCAGCAGACAUGGCAUUCCCAAGGAAGUCAUCAGUGACAAUGGUCCACAGUACUCCAGUGAUGAGUUCAAAUGCUUCAUGGAGGAGUGGGAGAUACAUCAUACCACAUCUUCGCCUCAUCACCCCCAAUCCAACGGGAAGGCAGAAUCUGCUGUAAAGAUUGCCAAGAACAUCAUGAAGAAGUGCACAAAGUCAGGCACAGAUAUCUACAAAGCAAUCUUAGAGUGGAGAAACACCCCCACCGAAGGAAUGCAGAGUAGUCCUGUCCAGAGAUUGAUGUCACGUCGGACACAGACAACACUGCCAACAGCACAACACCUGCUGAAGCCGAAAGUAGUGACAGGAGUUAAGCGAAAAAAGGUAGAGAAAGGCAAGAAAGCAAAGACACAGUUUGACAAAUCAACAAAAGAGCUACCAGACUUGAAGGUUGGUCAAGCAGUCAGAGUUCAAUUAGCGAUCAACAAAGGAAAACCAACAUGGCAGCUAGGUGUUUGCAUGAGAAAGCUUUCACCAAGGUCUUAUGUGGUAAAAGUCAAUGAACAGCUCUACCGUCGAAAUCGCAAACGCAUUCAGUCAACCUAUGAAUCUUUGCCAGCGACUCCAGAUGUGUGGACCGACAUUCAACCUACCACGAACACAACAGGCCCACAGUACAACAAUCCUGGAGAUGAAGAACAACGCGAGCAACAACAGCAAGCGACGCCAUCACCGGUAGUAGCCCACACCCGCACGAGAACCAUCAGGCCACCAAGUCGUUACAAGAACUAUGUACAGCCGUAA